UAAACAUUCUCCAAGUAAACAGAAACAAACAGGCGCCCGCAAGUUUCAAAACACAUUUUAUAAAAUGAAGCUUUAGAAGAACGUAUAUAUACACCAUGGAUGAUCCUCGGUUUGAAUGGAUUGCGAAGCAAGUCAAUUUAGCACUUGGCAUUUCAGAAAAGGACGUUUUUGAUGACUUUUUAGAGCGGGAAGACGGAUUGUAUGAACGUCAACUUAGCAAAUUUUUGAAUGACACUCCAGAAGAAAAUGAAAAUUCGAUAAUAUUUUACAAAGUUAUCCGUGAAGAAGAAGAGGAUGUAGUUGUUGAAUGUGAACCAGAAAUUCCUGACAUCCAAGAAGAGGAAGAAGGAGCAGAAGGAGAUACAGAGCAACAAAAAGCAGAGGAUGAAGAAGAGGGAGAAGCACUUCCUGUUGCCCUGCCUACAUCAUCACCUACAGGAGAUGACGAGAAUACAUCACGGAAAAGUACAGGAAAACGGAAAAAGAAAGGAAAAGAUGGUGCAGGCGAUGAGAAAAAAGAAGAUGAAUCUAAAACUCCCCUCCCUGAAAGUGAGGCUGCCACUGAGGCUGGAGAAACAGAAGAUGAUAAGGAUGAAGAUAAAGAAGAAGAAAAAGUCCCUAAGACACAAAUAAUAAAACAGAAAGUACUGAGGACAUACUUGUUUAUGUGUUACCUCCAUUUACCUGAGGAUGUUGCUGAUCAGGUAGACUGUGUUUACUUCCUACGUAAUACCCCAGGUAUGGUACCGUUACCUAACAGUAUGGAAGAGGCAAAUGAAACACUACCUGCCUACUUUGAGAUGGGAACCAUCAAUAGUAACUCUGUAUUGGUCAUGUUAGAACAGGUUAUUUCACAGGUAUACAUGCCAUUACUGUCAUAUAACCAACACAAAAAUGGUGAAGGACCUAAACCUAUUGAGAGAUCUGUAAGUCGAACUGAUACACAAGUGACAGAUGUAUCUGUAAAAUCUGAGGGAGAUAACGAGAGUAAAACCAGUGUUGCCGAGAGUAGAGCUAAAGCCAUGCUUAGAGAUGAGUUCCUUAUUAACAUGGAGAAAUUUGCUGCCAGUAUUAACAGAACAAUUCAACAGAUUGACGGUGAAGUAAAGUUAGAAAUACCUGAGAUUGAUUUACCAGAGACAGUUGAGGAAGUCCUACGCGAUCCUACUCUUAAACAGUUAAUUAAUGACACAUGUUCAGAAUGGGCCAAGAAAGUUCGAACAGCUUUGGAGGCUCAACUUAAAAAAAUUCCACAAGGAAAAGGACCUUUAGCGGAAAUUGACUUUUGGCGGGAAAGAAAUGCUGCUCUUAGUGCGCUGACAGAACAACUUAAAAUUCCUAAAGUCAAACAGAUGAUUGAUAUAUAUUCAACAUGGGAUAAUAACUUCGAUGACACUAGAGCAGAUCUGAAUAAACAUUAUAUCGAGGCUAAAGACAAUGUCCGAUUUUUAUCAACCUUAGAAAGACAUUUCAAAAAUAUUACCCAUGGUGCUACAUUCCAGGUUGUCAUAGAAACCAUUCCAUCAAUGAUGAACGCUCUUAGAAUGGUUUGGAUUAUAUCCAGACAUUAUAAUAAAGAUGACCGCAUGGUGCCAUUAAUGAAAAGAAUUGCAAAUGAGUUACGAGAUCGUGUGGCUAAAGUAAUCAACAUCAAAACUAUAUUUAAAGAAGGGACAGAAGAAGUUAAAAGAAAGACAGCUGAAGCCAAACAGAUGUUACAACAGUGGGAGUCGUCAUACAUGGAGGUCCGUGCCAAGAUAGAGGCAUCAGGCAGAGAUCAGAGAUGGGAGUUCAAUAAAAAUGAUCUCUUUAAAGAUACUAAACAUAUGGCAGAGAUAUGUCAGAACUUGUACGAUGUAGCUCAGGUGAUAGAGGAAUUUAAGAAUAUUUUUGGACCUGAAUUAGAGGCUGUUACAGGUGAUCCAAAGAGAAUAGAGGAAGUAUUAGUCAGAGUUGGUAACCUAGUCAAACCAUUGGAAGAUGUGACCUUUGACCCAUUUGUUGACAAGCAUAAGAGUGCAUGGAACAAUGUGAUGGCUCAGUUCAACAUGGAUGUCAAGGCCAUUGACAACGAAGCCAACAACUUCAUUGAUGAUUCCUUCCGAUCAUUGAGGUCCGCUGAGGGAGCUUUUGAUAUGUUGUUGAAGUUUAAACACAUUAGAUCAAGAGCAGCCAUUAAUGCCAGACUCAUGCAGAAGUUUGAAGACAUUCUCAAACAGUUUGAAAAGGAGGUGGCAACAAUGGAGGAUUUGUUUCACGACGGAACAGAUGUCCCUGCUCUGUAUAAGAACCACCCUCCUGUGGCAGGAUCUAUAUUCUGGGAGAGAUCAUUGUUUCAUCGUAUGAAGCACACAAUCGUACGAUUCCUGACAAUGGACGAAAUGAUGGAAGGGAAAGAGGGAGUAGACGCAAAGGAAAAAUAUGCCAGAAUAGGAAGAGAAAUGUGGAAUUAUGAGAAAUACAAGUUUGCUAGAUGGGUUGAGGAAUCUGAACCUAAACUUAAACAGCUGAUCAAACGUAACUUGUUGAUUAAACCAUCACAUCAACCUAAAGAAGCUGACACAGAAGCCACAGAUAGUGCUGAAUCUGGUGCCCUUGAACCAGUUAACAAGCAGGGAUUAGAAAUCAAGUAUGUGGUGGACUUUGACCCCAAACUAGGUGAAAUUAUUGCUGAGACCCGUUACAUGGAACAACUUGGUUAUCUUGUUCCUGAGCAGUGUAGAAAUGUCGCAUUACAGGAGGAGAAAUACAUAAAGUAUGUAGAUGGACUACAACACAUGCUGGACAGCUAUCAUAAUUUGCUCGGAUCUCUUGACCAGGCAGAGACUGAACUAUUACAAGAUCAUAUGAGACAGUUAAGGAGAGUAAUCAGACCUGGAUCUAAGUUACUUAACUGGAGUUCUCUUGGUAUCAGUGAUUUUGUACAGAAAAGUAGUGCAGCUAUUGCUAAAUUUGAAUCUCUGGUGAAUCAAAUUAAGAAGAAUGCCAAAGAUAUAAAUCAGAGAUUAGUUAUGAUAGAGAAUGCCAACCUGUUUAAAGCACCGGCACAGAAAUAUCCAGACAUGUUACCAAGUUGUAAGGAAUACUUUGAAAAUGUUGAGCAGGAGCGUGCCAAAGAUUUUGAGAUUUUAGCCAGAAAAUACCGAGCUAUUGGUCCUUUACUAACAAAGAUGGAAGGCUUAGUUGUCCAUACAAACUCUGGAAGAUCUGCCAAACUAUCAGCAUAUUACUCUCAUUGGGAAAGAAAAGUCUUUGAUUCAUUAAAUAAGUUGAUCCUCAACAACUUGAGGAAAUUUGAACUUGCCUUACGUACAGACAAACCUCUGUUCCAAGUGGAGACUCUCUUGGCUGCCCCUGAUGUUGUUCUCCAUCCACAGGCAAACGAAGUGUAUAAACUCACAUUACAGUGUGUUAGAGAUUGUGUAGAAGGGACCAAAUUAUUUGUGAGAUGGAUGAACAGCACAUGUAUUGAGACCCCUCCCCAGAAAGUAGAGGGCGAGGACGAACCUUUCGUGUUCAGUUUCUUCUCUGAUAUCUCCGUUAACCCUGUGGUUAUAGACUUUGUACAAACAAUUCAGAACAAUAUAAAGGGUACUCUUACAAACAUGACAAGGUACCUCAAUAGGUGGAAAAAAUAUAAAAGUAUCUGGAAAGUGGAUAAACAAGGAAUUGCUGAUAAAUGGUUCCAAAAGGGGCCGACAGUCGUGGCGUUCGACGAUAAAUUACAAUAUUAUUAUAAGACAAUUGACGAGAUUGAGCUACAGCCUUUAGUUAAAGAUCAGGAAUGUGUACGUUUACAUAUGGGACCAUUGGCGUCUUCAGUCAAGGACAAUGCUAAACAGUGGAUAGCUUGUCUUGGUAAAAUACUCAGAGACUCUGCUAAAGAAAGUCUCUUCAAAAUCAGAGAUGACUUAGACGACAAAUCUGACGAUUUAGAACAGUCACCUAACUCAUUAGAAGACCUAAAAUUUGUACUCACAACAAUCUCUGAUAUCAAAGCUAUGUCCCUUGAUGUAGAAAAUAAAAUCAGAGACAUACAAGAAAGAUACAGGACACUGGCCAUGUAUGAUAUUAAGGUAACUGAUGAGGAGAAGGAGUUACAAUGGAAAAUGUGGCAGAUUUGGGAUGAACUUGUUUACAAGUCUAAAAAUACAGAUGCUGGCCUCUUUAAUGUCAAGAAGAAGUUCACUGAGUAUACAACAGACCAGAUAAAAGAAUUUAAGAAGGAUAUAACAACUUUCUUGACCAAGUUUUAUGAAUCUGGUCCAGGAGCUGUUGGAACAGAUUUAGAUAGAGGUCUGGAGCUAAUGAAAACAUUCAGAAAAGAGGUUGGUGAUUUAGAGACUGUAAGACAGGAAUUGGCCAAUGCUGAAAAGUUGUUUGAUCUGGCCAUCACUAUGUACCCUGAUCUGUUAGAGGUUCAAAAACAAAUGAAGGGACUUGAAAUGGUCUAUGGACUGUAUGAAGAACAAAUGGCUGCCAGAGAACAAUGGGCAGAAACCUUAUGGUCCAAUCUUAACGUACAAGUGUUACAAGAUGGUAUAGAGUUGUUCCUUAAGAACAUCAGAAAGAUGCCACGAGAGGUGAAAUCAUCACAGACAGCCAGAGCACUAGAAUCUAAGAUGAAAGAGUUCAGAGACGCCUUACCCCUGUUUGUUGAUCUUAAACAUGAUGCCCUUAGAGAAAGGCAUUGGAAAGAAUUAAUGGAAAAGACUGGACAGAAGUUUGACAUAAACCCUGAGACGUUUACACUAGCCAAUGUGUUUUCUAUGGAGUUACAUAGAUAUCAAGAGACAAUCGGUGAGAUUGUAACCAAAGCCAGUAAAGAAAUGAGCAUUGAAAAGGGUGUGAAAGAAGUAGAGGAGACAUGGAACAACAUGAAGUUCCAUGUGUACAGUUACAUGAAGGGAACAUCUAAUCGUGGGUUUAUACUGGGUACCAUUGAUGAGGUAUUACAGAUCCUUGAUGAUAGCGCCAUGAACUUACAGAGUAUGUCAGCCUCACGAUUCAUAGGACCAUUCCUAAACACUGUACAAAACUGGGAAAAGAGUCUCUCACUCAUCUCAGAAGUCUUAGAUGUUUGGAUGGUGGUACAGAGGAAAUGGAUGUACCUAGAGGGGAUCUUUAUAGGAGGAGAUAUCAGAUCACAGCUGCCAGAGGAGGCCAAGAAGUUUGAUAGUAUAGAUAAAACUUUUAAAAAGAUAAUGAACGAAACUCACAAGACUCCAUUGAUUAAGGCAUCAUGCCAUGCACAGAACAGAUUAGCUGACUUAGAGAAUCUAAGUAUGGGACUUGAAAAGUGUCAGAAAUCAUUGAAUGAUUACUUGGACUCUAAACGUAAUGCCUUCCCUAGAUUCUUCUUCAUCUCAGACGAUGAACUUCUCAGUAUCUUAGGAAGCAGUGACCCAUCCUGUGUACAAGAACAUAUGAUUAAGAUGUACGACAACAUUGCCAAGCUACAAUUCCAACAGGGUCCUAAUGGUGAAACUGUGAUAACAGCUAUGAUCUCUGCUGAAGGUGAAGUGAUGGAGUUUAGAAAACAUGUGCCUGCUGAAGGUCGUGUAGAGGACUGGAUGACUGCCGUCCUGGAGGAGAUGAGGAGUACAAACAGACUAAUAACCAAAGAGGCCAUCUUCUUCUAUGGUGCUGAUGGUAAAAAUAGAGUAUCAUGGAUGUUGGGAUACCAGGGUAUGAUAUGUCUAGCAGGAAACCAGGUUUGGUGGACGUGGGAGGUUGAAGAUGUAUUUAGGAAAGUUAAAAAAGCAGAAAAAACAGCAAUGAAAGAAUAUGCCAAAAGACUUCACGGACAGAUUGGUGAUUUAGUAGUCCAAGUCAGAUCUCCAUUGUCUAAGAAUGACAGGGCAAAGUUCAACAGUGUUCUAAUUAUAGAUGUACAUGCAAGAGAUAUUGUGGAUAAUUUUGUCAGAGACAGUAUUCUUGAUGCCCGUGAGUUUGAAUGGGAGAGUCAGCUAAGAUUUUAUUGGGAAAAAGAGCCAGAUGAAUUAUUGGUUAGACAGUGUACCGGAGAGUUUGGUUACGGUUAUGAAUACAUGGGUUUGAAUGGUCGUCUGGUCAUUACACCUCUGACCGACAGAAUUUACCUUACACUAACACAGGCUUUGUCAAUGAAUCUAGGUGGCGCCCCAGCAGGACCAGCGGGUACAGGUAAAACUGAGACUGUCAAGGAUCUGGCCAAAGCUUUAGGCUUACUCUGUGUGGUUACAAAUUGUGGAGAGGGUAUGGAUUACAAGGCUGUUGGUAAAAUUUACUCUGGUCUGUGCCAGUGUGGUGCCUGGGGUUGUUUUGAUGAGUUUAAUCGUAUUGACGUGUCUGUACUGUCUGUCAUCUCUACACAGUUAAAAACCAUUCAGAAUGGUCUCAUCAUGAAACUGAAGAGAUUCCAUUUUGAAGGACAGGAGAUUAGCCUUGAUUUACGUGUGGGUAUUUUCAUCACUAUGAACCCCGGAUACGCUGGACGUACAGAAUUACCGGAGUCAGUGAAAGCAUUGUUCCGUCCUGUUGUCGUCAUCGUACCCGAUUUACAGCAAAUUUGUGAAAUCAUGUUGUUCUCUGAAGGUUUCCUUCUAGCUAAGGUUCUGGCUAAGAAGAUGACAGUGUUAUACAAGCUGGCUAAAGAACAAUUGUCUAAACAGUACCAUUAUGAUUUUGGUCUGAGAGCUUUGAAGUCUGUGCUUGUCAUGGCUGGUGAAUUAAAGAGAGGCUCUGCUGAACUCCCAGAGGAUGUAGUGUUGAUGAGAGCUUUAAGAGACAUGAACUUACCUAAGUUUGUGUUUGAGGAUGUGCCACUCUUCUUAGGAUUGAUAGGUGAUCUGUUCCCUGGCUUAGACUGCCCACGUGUCAGAUAUCCUAACUUCAAUGAUGCUGUGGAGGCUGUCUUGGAGGACAAUGGAUACCAGUUAUUACCAAUACAGGUUGACAAGGUUGUACAGUUGUACGAGACCAUGAUGACUCGUCACACCACCAUGAUAGUUGGGCCGACAGGAGGAGGAAAAUCUGUUGUUAUAAAUACACUGGCACAGUCACAAACAAAGUUAGGAACAUCCACAAAACUCUUUGUAAUUAAUCCAAAGGACAGAAGUGUGAUAGACCUGUAUGGUAUACUGGACCCAAUCACCAGAGAUUGGACUGAUGGUCUGCUGUCAAACAUCUUCAGAGAAAUGAACAGACCCACAGACAAAAAUGAAAGGAAGUACAUUGUAUAUGAUGGAGAUGUUGAUGCAUUAUGGGUAGAGAACAUGAACUCUGUGAUGGACGACAAUAGGUUGAUGACCUUAGCCAAUGGUGAACGUAUUAGGUUACAGAAACAUUGUGCCAUGUUGUUUGAGGUAUUUGAUCUUCAAUAUGCCUCUCCGGCUACAGUAUCUAGAUGUGGUAUGGUUUAUGUGGAUCCUAAAAAUCUUGGCUAUGAUCCAUUCUGGUACAAGUGGAUCAACUCUCGACAGUUUAAGCUUGAAAAAGAUGAGUUCCAGAGACUUUAUGAUAAAUAUGUACCCUGUCUGAUUGACAUGGUGGUUGAAGGUCUGGUGGAUGGACGACAGGGAGAAAAGAUGAAGACGAUCGUACCACUCACAAAUCUUAAUAUGGUUAGACAACUGAGUAAGAUGUUAGAUGCUUUGGUAACUAAGGAAGUGACAGAAGCUGAUGAGCUGGAAUGUUAUUUCCUCGAGGCAUUGUACUGGUCAAUCGGCGCUGGACUACUAGAGGACGGGCGAUUGAAGUUUGAUGCACAAGUCAGAACCUUGGCCGCACUACAACAGGUCAAAGAUGAAGAUAAAACUUAUGCAGGAAUGGGUGAACUACCUACCACUCAGCCAUCUUUGUUUGAGUACUUCUGGGAUAGCGAACAGAAAAAAUGGAUGCCAUGGGCACAGAAAGUACCAAAGUAUAUACAUGAUCCCGUCAAGAAGUACAAUGAAAUAUUAGUACCCACCGUUGAUACUGUGCGUACAACUUGGUUGUUAGAGUUAAUGGUUGGAAUUAAACAACCAGUCGUGUUAGUCGGUGAAACUGGAACAUCUAAAACAGCUACAACAGCUAACUUCCUCAGAACUCUGGAUUCAGAAACACACUUGUUGUUGAACAUGAACUUCUCCAGUAGGACCACAUCACUGGAUGUACAACGUAAUUUAGAGGCCAACGUAGAGAAAAGGACCAAAGAUACAUAUGGACCUCCACCAGGCAGGAGAUUACUUAUCUUUAUUGAUGACAUGAAUAUGCCUCAGGUUGACACUUAUGGAACACAGCAACCUAUUGCUUUAUUAAAACUUCUGUUAGAACGUGGAGGUUGUUACGACAGAGGUAAAGAUCUGAACUGGAAGAACAUGAAGGAUAUUGGUUACAUUGCUGCCAUGGGUAAAGCUGGCGGUGGUCGUAACGAAACCGAUCCAAGAUUUGUGUCGUUAUUCUCCGUGUUUAACAUGACAUUCCCAUCUGAUGAGUCAUUGUUUCUCAUUUACAAUUCCAUUCUGGUCGGACAUUUACAGCCAUUCAGUAAAGAUAUUCAGGAUCUAGCUAAAACAAUCACCAACAUGACGAUGUCUCUAUACAGCACAAUUGUAAAGGAUCUCCCGCCCACACCUUCCAAGUUUCAUUAUAUCUUUAACUUGAGAGAUCUGUCAAGGAUUUACCAUGGACUCUCACUCACUACACCAGACAGAUUCUCUAAACCAGAAAUAUUUGUACGAGUGUGGAGAAAUGAAUGCUCUCGCGUUAUCUGUGAUAGAUUAAUCAAUGAGGAGGAUAAGACACACGUCACUGGUUUGAUUAAAGCAUUAUUGGAGGAGAAUUACAAACCUUAUGUAGAAUUAGCUAUGCGUGACCCUUGUUUGUUUGGAGAUUAUCGUACGGCCAUGGAGGACUCAGAACCUCGUCUGUACGAAGACAUACAGGAUUAUGAUGCUGCUAAAGCUCUCUUCCAAGAGAUUUUAGAAGAAUAUAAUGAAAGUAAUACCCCUAUGAACCUCGUCCUGUUUGACGAUGCAUUAGAACAUUUGACACGUAUACAUCGUGUGAUCCGUAUGGACCAAGGUCACGCCCUCUUAGUGGGCGUAGGAGGAAGUGGUAAACAAUCGUUAUGUAAAUUAGCAUCAUUCACCGCUGGCUGUGAGGUAUUUGAGAUUCAGCUGAGUAGAGGUUACAACGAGAGCUCCUUCAGGGACGACCUGAAAGUUCUGUAUAAUAAACUGGGAAUAGAGAAUAAGAAAGUGGUGUUCUUGUUUACUGAUCAACAUGUAGCUGAAGAAGGUUUCCUUGAGUUAAUAAACAACAUGCUAACAUCAGGAAUGGUACCAGCUUUGUAUGCUGAUGAUGAGAAAGAAGCCAUACUUAGUGGGAUCAGGGAUGAAGCUGUAAAAGCAGGAACUCCCCACGCCAGGGAAAUGAUCUGGGGAUAUUUUGUCCAGAAAUGUUCAAACAAUCUUCAUGUAGUCCUAGCCAUGUCACCUGUUGGUGAUGCUCUGAGGACAAGAUGUAGAAACUUCCCAGGUUUGGUGAAUAAUGCUAACAUUGAUUGGUUCUUCCCAUGGCCAGAACAAGCUUUGUAUGCUGUUGCCAGUGUAUUUAUCUCACCUGAAAACCAGUUGAUACCAGAUGAACAUCGUAGCUCUGUUGUCAGUCAUAUUGUAAUGGUACAUCAAGCUGUUGGCACCUACAGUAAACUUUUCCUUCAAAGACUCAGAAGAAAUAAUUACGUCACACCAAAGAAUUAUCUGGAUUUCGUCAAUUCCUAUCUCAAACUUCUGGAGAGUCAAGAUAAAUAUAUCCUGUCACAGUGUGAUCGUUUAAGUGGAGGUUUACAGAAGAUCUUUGAAGCCAGUGAACAGUUAACUGUAUUGAAUGACAGAUUGGCUGUACAAAAAGUAGCCGUCGCAGAAUCUACAGAAGCUUGUGAGAAAAUGUUAGGGGAAAUCUCGUCUGGUACAGUAAUGGCCACAGAAAAGAAAAAAAUGGCAGAGGAAAAAGCGACAGAAAUAGCUGAACAGAGUAAAGUCAUUGCAGUAGAAAAGAAAGACGCAGAGGAUUCUUUAGCAGAAGCUUUACCAGCAUUGGCAGCAGCUAGAAUAGCUUUGGAGGAUCUGGAUAAAGGGGAUGUCACUGAAAUCAGAUCAUUUGCCAAACCACCAGCAGAAGUACAACGUGUUUGUGAAUGUAUUGUAAUCUUCAAGGGAAUAAAGGAAGUAUCGUGGAAAUCUGCCAAGGCCAUGAUGUCCGAGGCUAACUUCCUCAAAUCCUUAACGGAGAUGGACGUAGAUGGCAUUAGCCAGAGACAAACUAAUGCUGUAAAAGCAAUGUUGUCUGACAAAUCAUGUGCAAUGAGCGUUGAGAUAAUGAAGAACAUCAGUAAAGCUGGAACUGGACUGCUGAAGUUUGUAGAAGCUGUGAUGGGAUACUGUGUGGUAGCCAGAGAAAUCAAACCUAAGAGAGACAAGGUAGCAAAAUUGGAGAGAAGUUUCCAUCAAGCCAAGAGAGAUUUAGAGAAAAUAACAAAUGAAGUCGGUUCAUUAGAAAAGCAGUUAAACGACCUAGGAAGUAAAUAUGAGGAAGCCAUGGCUGAAAAACAGAAACUACAAGAGGAAACAGAAAUCAUGGAACGAAGAUUGAUUGCUGCAGAUAAACUUAUAUCUGGUUUGAGUUCAGAAAAUGUCAGGUGGACUGUCGACUUGGAGGAAUUAAAAAAGAAGCGAGUAAAACUAUUGGGUGACUGUCUUGUUAGUUCUGCCUUCCUUAGUUAUGUUGGAGCCUUCAGCUGGGAGUUCCGUAUGGAUAUGGUGUUUAAAGACUGGGUAACUGACUUAAGAGGCAGAGAUGUGCCAAUGAGUGACCCAUUUAAGCUGGAGGACCUUCUUACUAAUGAUGUAGAAAUAAGCAAAUGGACGUCUGAGGGAUUACCACCAGAUGAACUGUCCAUACAGAAUGGUAUAUUGACAACACAAGCCAGUAGGUUCCCUAUGUGUAUUGAUCCACAACAGCAAGCUCUUAACUGGAUCAAAAAGAAAGAAGAAGCUAACAACCUAAAGAUUUGUACAUUUAACGACAGUGAUUUCCUGAAGCAGUUAGAGUUGGCCAUUAAGUAUGGAUUUCCUUUCCUGUUUAAAGAUGUAGACGAGUACAUAGAUCCCGUUAUAGAUAAUGUACUGGAGAAAAAUAUCAAAGGAGGUCAAGGCAAAGAAUUUGUGAUCCUUGGAGACAAAGAAGUAGACUAUGAUCCUAACUUCAGGCUGUAUCUGAACACCAAACUGGCCAAUCCUAAAUAUACACCAAAUGUGUUUGGAAAAUCCAUGGUUAUCAAUUAUACUGUCACAUUGAAGGGCCUUGAAGAUCAAUUGUUGAGUGUUAUUGUGAAAUUUGAAAGACGAGAGUUAGAGGAACAGAGAGAACGUCUGAUUCAGGAAACCAGCGAUAAUAAAAAAUUACUGAAGGAUUUAGAAGAUGCUUUGUUGAGAGAAUUAGCACAGUCUCAAGGCAACAUGUUGGACAACUCAGAACUGAUUCAGACUCUAGAGGAGACUAAAACUAAGGCUACAGAGGUUUCAGAAAAAUUAAAACUUGGAGCAAAGACAGCUUUGGACAUUGACAAACUUCGUGAUGGUUAUCGUCCAGCUGCUAGGAGAGGAGCCAUCUUGUUUUUCAUCCUGGCGGAGAUGUCCUCUAUAAACACUAUGUACCAAUAUUCUCUCUCAUCUUACUUGGAAGUGUUCCAAUUCUCACUGAAGAAAUCGUUACCGGACGCCAUGUUACAGAAACGUUUACGUAACAUCAUGGACACACUAACACAUAACAUGUAUAACUAUGGAUGUACCGGUAUCUUUGAGAAACACAAGCUACUGUUCUCCUUCCAAAUUGCCAUCAAGUUGGAGCAGGAUCAGGGAAAUGUCACACAGGAGGAACUCGACUUCUUUAUAAAGGGUAAUAUUGCUCUAGAGAAGAGUAAAAGGAAGAAGCCAUUCACCUGGUUCCCAGAAGAAGGAUGGGAGGACUGUAUCAGACUAGUGGAGGUUUUACCGGACAGGUUUGGAUCAUUGCUAGAAGAUAUAGAAAGGAAUGAAAAAUUAUGGAAAAAGUGGUUUGACCAUGAUACACCUGAGUCCCAAAAAUACCCACUAAAGUAUGAGGACUCCCUCACUCAUUUCCAGAGACUUGUACUCCUAAGAUGUUUCAGAAUUGACCGUAUUUACAGAGCUGUAGAGGAGUAUGUCACUAAAUCUAUGGGGGAGAAAUAUGUCACACCGCCAAUUAUUAGUUUUGAGACAGUCUUUGAACAGAGUAUGCCGACAUCACCAAUCGUGUUUAUAUUGAGUCCUGGUUCCGAUCCUGCAAGUGACUUGGUCAAACUGGCCGAAAGAAUUGAAUUUGGAUCUAACAAAUUAAAGUUUUUGUCUAUGGGACAAGGUCAAGAAAAGCUUGCACUACAAUACUUAGAAACAGCUGUUGCUAGGGGACAGUGGCUGAUGUUACAGAACUGUCACUUGUUGGUCAAAUGGCUGAGGGAUUUGGAGAAACAACUUGAGAAACUGACCAAACCUCAUCCAGACUUCAGACUCUGGUUGACCACAGAACCAACACCUAGCUUCCCUAUAGGAAUCCUCCAAAGAUCACUGAAGGUUGUGACAGAACCACCUAAUGGUUUAAAGUUAAACUUGAGAGGAACAUACCACAAGAUAUCAGCUACAGCCCUAUCAGAAUGUCCACAUCCAGCCUUCCCAGCACUGGUAUUCGUACUGGGAUUCUUCCACGCUGUCGUCCAGGAGAGGAGGAAGUAUGGAAAGAUCGGAUGGAACAUUGGUUAUGACUUCAAUGAAUCUGACCACCGUGUCUGUAUGCAGAUUCUCAACACUUAUCUGACCAAGGCUCAUGAACAGGCUGAAGUCAAGAUUCCAUGGAACAGUUUGAAAUAUCUUAUAGGAGAGGUAAUGUAUGGAGGUCGAGCUAUUGAUGAUUUUGACAGACGUGUAUUGAGGACCUAUAUGGAUGAGUACAUGGGAGACUUUAUAUUUGAUACCUUCCAGCCGUUCCAUUUCUACGUCAAUGAGAAUGUAGAUUACAGGAUACCAGAAGAUGGUCCUAGGGAUAAUUAUGUUGACUUGAUUGAAGGACUGCCCCAUGCUAACACACCAGAAGUAUUUGGUCUCCAUCCUAAUGCUGAGAUUGGUUACUACACUCAGGCUGCUAGAGACAUGUGGAUGAACUUGAUAGAACUACAACCACAAACAGGAGGUGAUACUGGUGGAAUUAGUAGAGAGGAAUUUAUUGGCAAGGUUGCACAGGAAGUACUCAACAAGAUUCCACAAGAGUUUGAAUUGGACAAGAUUAAAAAGAAGUAUGGCUUAGAGAUCUCACCGACCACCGUGGUACUGUUACAGGAACUUGAGAGGUUUAACAACCUACUGAACAGAAUGAGGAAGUCACUCAACACUCUACAAAAGGCCCUGAUUGGUGAAGUUGGUAUGAGUAGUGAGUUAGAUGAUGUAGCUAGAGCAUUGUUUAAUGGUCUCAUUCCAUUCAUUUGGAGAAGACUGGCUCCCGAUACACUGAAGUCUCUUGGUAACUGGAUGAUCCACUUUGAAAGAAGAUAUAAGCAGUAUUACGGCUGGGUAAAUGAAAGUGAACCCCAGGUGAUGUGGUUGUCAGGGUUACAUAUCCCAGAAUCCUAUUUGACAGCUUUAGUACAGGCCACAUGUCGUAAGAAUGGGUGGCCACUAGAUAAAUCUACACUCUACACAUCUGUAACACACUGGAAAAAGGCAGAGGAUGUCACAGAGCGAGCUCAUCAAGGUUGCUUUGUGGAUGGCUUGUUCUUAGAAGGUGCAGGAUGGGACAACGAAAACAGUUGUUUAAUUAGACAAAAUCCUAAACAAUUGAUAGAGGAAUUACCUGUCUUAAAGAUCAUACCUAUAGAGGCACACAGGCUCAAACUACAGAAUACAUUUAAGACCCCAGUAUAUGUGACAUCUCAGAGAAGGAAUGCCAUGGGUGUUGGUCUGGUGUUUGAAGCUGAUCUAGCCACAACAGAACAUAUAAGUCACUGGACACUACAAGGAGUGUGUCUUACUCUUAACACAGACUAAAAACUAACAUAGACACUUUAUAAUGCUGCAUAAUUACAAUAAAGGAAGAGAGAUAGAGCUAUUGGACAUAUGUAAUGUACAUUCAUUCAAACAACCGAAGAGAGAUAUAGCUAUUUGACAUAUUUAAUAUAUAAUUUCAUUAAGACAAUCAACAAGUGCUUUAUCAUGCUAUAUUUUAAAGUGGACAAAUUUUGAAAAAAAGUCCAUAAUCUCCAAUAUUAAUGUUAUUUAUUAUGAUAAGUGUGUAUAUUUAUUUUUAUACAUAUAUUUUUGAACUUUUGUGAUACAUUUUUAACAGUUUUUAUACAUUUUUACUGCAUUCUAAUUAACUUAUUUGCAUUUUUCCUUAUUUUUGCUUUUGUUUAGUACAAGAAGAAGAAUUUACAGAAUUGUCCGUCCAUAUUUAUAUCUGACAAAAGAAUAACUUGUUACAUAUCGUUUCAAAUAUUGUUUAAUGUAUGAUGUAUAUGUACAGUUUUAUGACAAAUACAAUAUAAACCUGUAAUCCGUCCAGAGAAAAAAAACUUAUUUAAAGGGAGAUAAUUUAUGAUUUUUUUUUAUAUUUACACUGUUGUUAUCUGUUACAAUUUACUUUAAAACCAAUAUUUUGAAAGUUGAAGUUG